AAAAGGAGUUUUCUGAGUGUCGUUUCAUAUUGGCAUCAUUCUUAUAUUUCUUUAUUGACUUGAAAUGGUGAGGACUCUGAUAUCUCUACAUCUCAUUCUUCUUGUCCUUUCAACUAUUCCUCUAACAUUUAGCCAAAUCACUCCUUUGAGUAUCGUAGACCAAACAUGUAAGCAUACCCCUUAUUACAAUCUCUGUGUGUCGACUCUGAAUGCAGACAGGCGAAGUGCGACGGCAGAUGUUGCAGGUCUUGCCCUUAUAAUGGUUGAUGCGAUAAAGGCAAAGGCAACUCGAACGCAGGGAACCAUCGGAAGGUUGCUUCGAAGCAAGCCAACGUUGAAGAAACCAUUGAGCUCAUGUGCUAAUGCGUACAAUAUAAUUUUGACUGUUACAAUUCCAGAAGCAUAUCAAGCUCUACCAGGGAACCCCAAAUUUGCCGAGGAUGGUGCAAAUGGUUGUGCAACCGAGGCAAACUCUUGUGAACAGGAAUUCAAAGGUAGAUCACCUCUCACUGCGAUGAACAAAGACGUGGCCGAUACCUCUGCCGUGGCCGUAGGUAUAAUUAGGCUAUUGCUGUGAGGAUUUGUGUUCACGGGAUUAAAUAAAGUUUAUGAUCCAGACUUUGAACUAUUUGCAUCCGGUCUUGGUAAAUAAAAGUUCACAUAUAUAAGGCCCUGUCUACACAUGGGGUUUUGCUGA